CCGCGACAGGCCCCUGCUCCGCCAUCUCCUCCCUCCCCGGGAGGACUGAGGGCGCCGGCGGGGUGGCGCUCUAAGUUCCGCGGUGCCGCUCUGGGCGCGCCGCGUGCCUGCCUCUGUGGUAUCAGUGGUGUGGGCAGGGGACCUGCUUCCGCUUCCGCUGCCCUUGCUGUCGGAGGGAGGUGACGGGACCAAGAGCCGCGAUGUGGCGGAAUCUGCUGAAUCUUCGCCAAAUUUCCCAAAGGACCAUAAGCACUGCUUCACGCAGGCAGAUUGAAAAUAGAAUUGCUGAGAAGCAGAAGUUUUUUCAGGAAGAAAAUGGCAUCCCAGUGCAUCUUAAAGGUGGUGUAAUGGAUGUUCUGUUGUAUAGAGCCACCAUGGCUAUUUCGGUUUUUGGAACAGCCUAUGUUGUUUACGAGCUGCUUGUUGCUUCAAUGCCCAAGAAGCAGAAAUGAUUCCAGUUGAAGAUGCCUCAGUGACUAGCAUCUCUUCGUCCAAUUCCAUGUGACUAUGAUGGCAGCUUAUACUCAUCAUAAGCAGCUGGCUUAAUGCUUGGAAUCAUAAUUUAAUUGUAACAUGUUAACUGCAAUCAAUAAAGCAGGUUUUACGUUG